UUCCUCCGCCCUCCAUAAAUUCCCCUCGCAUGCAUGCCACAUCUCCAAUCCAGAUCCAAGUUCUGACACUGAUCACUCGCGUGGUCUCUUCUCUUGGCUAGAUCUGCUAUACUAUUCAACACCAUGGGCCUUCUCGAUCAAUUGUGGGAUGAUACCGUCGCCGGCCCUCGGCCGGAGAACGGUCUCGGAAAGCUCCGAAAGCACAAGACCUUCAGUUUCCGAGCUGGAUCCGGCAAGGAAUCAUACGACGAGGAAUCGGUGGAGGAGGCGUUAAGAGUGACGCGUCGCAUCAUGAUCGUAAAACCUCCAGGGUACCAGAGUGGAUCGCCUCCAAUUUCACCUGCUGAUUCUACUCCACCGGUGUCUCCAUCUUCGGGAGCAAAAGAGUCCUUCCGGUUUCGUAGAAGGUCGACAUCAGAUGCAUACGAGAAGCCGAGCCAGAACAGAUCAUCAGGCACUUCUUCUCCUUUCGAUGUCUGAUACAUUACGUACUGAGUCUCUUUCGUAGUUUUGUACCAUCUUCUCUUUCGGUGCAUAUAUAUAUAUAUAUAUAUAUGAAUGCAAAAAAUGUGCGUGGGUGCAUGGGGGUGUAUGUAAUUAAGGGCAUGAUUGUAUGUAUGAUCCAAAUCUUUGUACAUAUAGAUCCUCUUCAAUGUUUCUCUCCGUUUUUCUUCUCCCUUUUCUGUAAGUUUUGUGGCUUGAAUAAAAACCCACUUCUUCCUGUU